CAAAUAUCAAAUGGCUAAUAAGUAUAAUGUCCAAAUAAUUCUUUAAAAAAAAUACUCCAAUUGUCAAUCCUAUUAUUACUCAAGGACUCUAAAUGAUUUUAUAAAUUAAGCCAGAACUCAAGAGGUGAUAGAGUUUUAUUAGGCUCUAGCUUUUUAUGAAAAUUAAGAAUACUUUAGACGGUUCUAUUUUGCCAGUAUUGAUUUUAACUAAAUUUUUAGAUGAGGUGAAGGAUAAACUUCAGUUAUUUACAGAGUAUUACAAAUAUCAUAAUGAGAUUCCAAGAUUUUUUAUGCAUAAAAUUAGCAAUAUUAUGAGCAAGUAUUUCAUGAUUAUACAUAAGGUAGUUAUCAUGAUAAAAAAAGAAGAGUUGAAUAUUAUCGCAUUAAACGUAUAAUUGAAGAGGAAAACCGCAAAAAUCCAAAUAAACCAAAAAAAGCAAUUGUUGGUGAUCUACCAGAAGAAAAUAAACCUGCUUCACCAAAAGUUUAAGAAUAAGUUUAUAGUAAAAUACUUGAAGAUAUCAUUGAUAAUUCAACAACAAUUGAUGUAAUCAAUAAAAAAUUGGAUGCUCUUUAAAUUAACACAGGUGAAUUAAUUUUAUAAGCAUCCAACAGAGAAUAAGAAUAAUUACAAAAUUUUAUUCAUUUUUUGAUUGAUAAGCAGAAACCAAAAAUUUAAACUCAUUUUUAAUUACAUUCACCAAAAACAUUUAAUCGAAUCCCUUUUGGAGUGAGUCAGUAGACAAUCAAAUAAAUUAUAUCAAGAACAUCUAAAAAUCAAUAAACAUUUCAUCUAUCUCCAAAAAUACUUAAAGAUGAAUAAUUAGUCUCUUAAAAUGGUCCAUCAACACACAGAUAAGUUAAAGAUCCUUUAUCUAAAAUAUUGAGUCCUGUUCACAUUUAUACUUUAAAUUCGCCAUCUACAAAUCAUCAUACAUUAGAAAUUAAAUAAAAAGUUAGUAUUUAAACUCAUCGAUCUUAAUAAGCUAGUGUUUCUCUUUCCAAACAAUUUAAAAUUACUGAUAGUUUACCUUAAAAUAGAAAAUUUCAUAAACAUACAAGAUCCGAAUUUAGAUUUUUUAAAAAAUGA